AUCUUCCUUUUCAAAGGCAAUAAAUCCUGUGUCUUGGUGAGGAAAGACUGUCUGAAGAAUGAUGAAUUACUACAAAGUGCUAGGGGUGCCUCAAAAUGCUUCCUCUUGUGAAAUCAAGAAGGCUUAUCACCAGUUGGCUCUACAAGUACACCCAGACAAGAACCCGGAGAACAAAGAGGCAGCUGAGGAGAAAUUCAAACAAGUAGCAGAAGCCUAUCAGGUCUUGUCAGAUGCCAGCAGACGUGAGGACUAUGACCGGUCCCAAGAGACCUACACCAGGAGGGAAACCAGAGGAGGUGGCAGAAGCAAAAGCCACUGGGCGGAAGAAGUGUGCUUUGAACAGCCGCACCGGGUUUAUCGGUAUGGCAUGGAAGAUGAAGACCUCUUCUCAAGAGACCGUUUUCCCACUGGCCACAGGAGUUGGCCCAGGACAUUCCACUCCUCCUUCUUUGAUGUCCUCUCCAUAUUAGAUACAGGGUUUUCCACCUUUGUAUCCUCAAGUUCCAGAACAACUCCCCUUACCUCAGAGACAUUUGUGCCAUUUGUAAGCAGAGGAAUGAGAAACUUCCGACUUAUGACCACUUAUUGCCAGCUAAUAAAUGACCAAAGAUUUGCUACAAAGCAAGUUCUAGAAAAUGUGAGAGGAAAAACUAAAGUGGGAAAAGACAGACUGUUUCAUCAGAGUCCUCCACCUUGGUGGUAAGGAGUUGCUUCAGUGUUCUUUAGCAAGGACUUUCAUAUGGGACUCGUGUCCUCCCUGCCCCAUCAGAAUUUGAACUCGGGAGUCUUGUACUUAUUUGGCUUGCUUGUUUUGCUUGUGCUCUACCACCUAAGUCUCUGUCCCAACGUUUUGCUUAUUAUUUUGGAGCCUCCUCUGCCCAUGUUGGGUUUGAACCUUUCUCCUUGAUUCUCAGCCU